AUGGCCGCCCUGGGUUCGGCCUUGGAUCCCGUCAACCGGGUCACGUCAGCCACUGCAUCGUGGUCCUUUGUCAGUGUCCCUCUGCUUUGGACUCCUCAGAGGACAACUUCCAAACUGCUGUGUACGACAGACGCCAGACGCCGUCCAGCCGAGCACCGUCGCCUUGCAAGACACAUGGCAGGCCACCCCCGUUUUGCCUUUUGCCUGGGCUGA